AUGGGAAAUGCUUCAGACACAUCUGCUGUGUUUGCCUCCACCAUCCCCAAGGAGCACGACAUCCUCAUGGGUUCACUCUACAGCGCAUUCUGUUUACUGUCCCUCAUGGGCAACUGCAUUUUGCUACUUGUUGCAUAUCACAAGCGGUCGACCUUGAAGCCAGCAGAGUUCUUCAUCAUCAAUCUCGCUAUCAGUGACCUUGGGAUGACGCUGUCUUUAUUCCCAUUGGCAAUACCAUCAUCUUUUUCACACAGGUGGCUGUUUGGAGAAACCACCUGUCAGCUCUAUGCUAUGUGUGGAGUGCUGUUUGGUCUAUGCAGCUUGACCAACCUCACAGCCCUCUCCUUAGUAUGCUGCCUUAAGGUCUGCUUCCCUAACUAUGGUAACAAGUUCUCCUCGUCACACGCCCGCCUCUUGGUGGUUGGAGUGUGGUGUUAUGCAUCUGUGUUUGCUGUCGGGCCGUUGGCUCAGUGGGGACAUUACAGUCCUGAACCUUACGGCACAGCCUGCUGCAUUGACUGGCAUGCACCCAACCACGAGCUUUCAGCUUUGUCUUACAUCAUCUGCCUUUUUGUCUUUUGCUAUGCACUGCCCUGCACCAUCAUCUUCCUCUCCUACACUUUCAUUUUGCUGACUGUGCGGGGGUCACGUCAGGCCGUCCAGCAGCAUGUGUCACCACAGACCAAGACCACCAAUGCGCACGCUCUAAUUGUCAAGCUGUCAGUAGCUGUAUGUAUAGGCUUCCUGGGUGCCUGGAGCCCGUAUGCUGUUGUGGCCAUGUGGGCUGCUUUCGGAGACGCCACCCAGGUUCCUCCUGAUGCAUUCGCCCUUGCUGCUGUGCUUGCCAAGUCAUCCACCAUCUACAACCCUAUGGUCUACCUGCUGUGUAAGCCAAACUUUCGUGAGUGUCUCUACAGAGACACGUCAGUGUUACGACAGAGGUUCUACAGGGGAAGUCCACAGUCAGAUCCGAAAGAACGCUUCGGAUCCACCUCGCAGCGCAACAAGGACGUGAGCAUCUCCACGCGGUUCUCAAACGGACAGCAGGAGAGCUAUGGGGCGUGUCUGCACUGCACUGAGAAUGCAGAGCUGUGUCACGUGACCACUCCCCAAAGGACGGCCUGCAUCCUGACUGGAUCCACCUACAGAGAGGUGACAGUCAGCCGGCUCCCAGCCAAACCACAGGCUGAAUUACUCUAG